AUGCACCUCCCAGCAUGUCUGUGUGUUGUGCUUAGCGUUUUGGAAGGAGUGAGGGGCACAUGCCCCUCACAGUGCUCCUGUGAUGCCCUUGGCAGGGACAACGACGACACCGAAUUCAGGGCGGUGCUGUGCGACGACCCCGACAUGACCGAGGUGCCCCGCGGGGUCCCCGCGGCGACGGAGCGGCUGCGCAUCGAGAAGACGGCCGUGCGCCGCAUCCCCGCCGACGCCUUCUACUACCUGGGCCAGCUGCGCUCCCUCUGGGUCACCUGCGGCGCGCUGGCCAGCCUGGACGCGCGCAGCUUCUACAACCUGGCCCGGCUGCGCGAGCUGCGCCUGGACGGCAACGCGCUGGCCGCCUUCCCCUGGCCGGCCCUGGGCCAGCUGCCCCGGCUCCGGCGCCUGGUGCUGCGCAGCAACCGGCUGAGCCGCCUGCCCGCCGAGGCGCUGGCCUACCUGGGCCGGCUGGCGCUGCUGGACCUGUCGAGCAACCGGCUGGCCACGCUGCCGCCCGGCUUCCUGGACAGCUGGACCCCCUUGCACCCCGCGCCGAGCCCGGCUGGCCGUCAGGAGCCCUCCGCGAGAACCGUCAUUCUUGGCCUGCAGGACAACCCAUGGCUGUGCGACUGUCACAUUUCCAGGUUAAUUGAGUUGUCCAGAGAUGCCCGCCCUGCUGUGGUGCUUCUGGACCCACAGAUGACAUGCCAUGGACCCGAGCGCCUGGCAGGGAUCUUGUUUGAGCAGGUGGAGCUGGAGCAGUGUCAGAAACCGGCCGUGAGGAUCUCAGCCACACAGAUCACAUCCGUACCAGGCAGCAAUGUUCUGCUGCGCUGUGAUGCCUCGGGCCAGCCCACUCCGCAGCUCAUGUGGGCCAGAGCCCCUGGCUUGCCCCUUAACCACUCGGUAAUCCAGGACUCUCCAGCAGAAGGAGUCCGAUGGUCCAUCAUAAGUCUCACGGGCAUUUCACACAGGGAUGCUGGUGAUUAUAAAUGUUGGGCCAAAAACUUGGCUGGUUCAGCAGUAGCUGUGGUUGCUGUGAGAGUAUUGGAUCCUGCCAUAACCAACCCAGCUCUGGACCCUUGGGAAGGAACAAGAGGUUACCUUGAGCCGGAGGCUCAGCCUGUAUCUCAAAGAUCUUCCUCUGAUCUUAGUUCGUCAUCCACAUUUCACUGGCCUUUGGCCUCUGCAUCUUCCUCAUUCUCCUCCACUGCCUUUGCUUCCCUUUCUACCUUUGCUCCAUCUCUUCCAUCCUCGGUGGCCUUCUCUCCAUCGCCCCAAUUCUCUGCCAUCACUUCUUCCACCACAGUGUUGAACCCUGGUGGGGAGAGGAAGGUUGUGCUGUCAGAGCUGGGCAGAAAGAAGCCUUCUCCAGCCAGUGCCAAUCGAGCAGAAGAACUGGUGGCCUUCGAUGGAGCCAUGCCAGUGGCCCUGGUAGAGAACCUGAGGGUGAUGAGCCAGACCCGACAGAGCGUGACUCUGACCUGGGACCCCGGGAAGAUCCCGUGGACCUCUGAGAUGAUCGUACUGUAUUCCAAGAAUGGCCCAGCCCAGGACCUUCAGCCCCUGAACACAGACAUCAGCCAGAAUCAAGUCACCAUUCCAGGCCUGGAGGCCGGUCAGCAGUACCUGGCCUGCAUCUGCCCCAGAGGGGCACCAGCCCAGAAACAUCAGUGUAUUACCUUUGCCACCGAGGAAGGCCUCGAAGGCAGUGGGCCACAGGGCUGGGCCCUGAUCCUGGCCAGUGGGGCCACCUGUGUGUUUGUCUUGCCACUGCUUUUCUUUCUGCUCUACAAGGUUUGCAAACUGUGGUGCAUGGCGGACUCUCUCAGGGAAGAUGAGUUGGCCAAAGAGACUUACAUCCCGUUUGAGAGCUUGUCCCCUGGCUCACAGAGCCUUGGGGAGUUCUGGACACGACAGCCCAGGGGUGAUCGCGAACGAUUAUUGCUUUGUUCCUGAUCUAGCGUGGACUCCCCGAGACUUUUCAAAGUGAAGGUUAGUGGUCUGAGUAGUGUAUUAAAGUUUUUUGUUUUGUUUUGUGAACUUGGGUGUAAAUAGGCUACAUUUCUUUCAGCAAAUUUGGGAUCCUAAAAGGGUUAGUUUGAAGGAGUAUGAUAAAAGCCUAGAAUGAGACUUUGGAAUGGA